GCUGCUGGGGGGGAAGCCCCGGGCCCCAGGACCAGGCACAGGCCUGCUCAGAAGGCCAUGGAACCGUGGCCCUGGGGCUGCACGGCAGGGGCUGCGGCUGUUGUCCUGCUCCUGCUGCUGGGUGCCCAGGGCCAGGCCAGCACCCCUGGGCCUGGGUGUGACUGUGCCAGUGGCCUCCAGAGGAGGUCUAACCCGCUGUGUUGCAAGGGCUGUCCAGUGGGACACUACAUGAAGGCCGCCUGCACAGAGCCCUGUGGGGCCCCCACCUGCCUCCCGUGCCCCCAGGGUACCUUCUUGGCCAGGGAUAAUCACUCUAAGACUCGGUGUACCCGCUGCCAGUCCUGCGAUGAGGAGGCCUCCCAGGUAGCCCUGAAGAACUGUUCCACACUGGCAGACACCCAGUGCGGCUGUGUGCCUGGCUGGUUUGUGGACUGCUCAGCCAAGCCCUGUAGGGAAAGUUCACCCUUCCACUGCCGCCCUUGUACCGACUGUGAGGUCUUGAACCGCCACCCACAGCUGCCCUGUUCUAGCAGAGACACUGAAUGUGGCCCCUGUUUGCCUGGCUUCUACGAACGUGGUGAUGGCUGCGUGUCCUGCCCCACGAGCAUCUUCAGGAGCUGUCCCGAGCCCUGCGCUGCUGUCUGUGGCUGGAGGCAGAUGUUCUGGAUUCAGGUGCUUGUGGCUGGCCUGGUGCUUCUCCUCCUGCUUGGAGCCAUCCUGAUCUACAGGUAUCACUACCGCCAGUCUCCUAAGCCUGUGGUGUCUGCAGACCCAGCUGGGACAGAGGCCCUGACCCCACCACGGGACACCCAUCUCUCACCCUUGGACAGCGUCUGCACUCUCCUGGUGCCCCCUGGAGACUGUAGGAAGACCUGUACCGACCAGCUGGUAACCAACAGCUGCUGGAUCCCUGGCUCCUCCCAGACCCAGGCUGCUCCUUGCCGGCAUGUGCCACAACCCUGCGACCACCUGCCCAGCAGAGCUCUUGGCGCGCCUCCAGCCCCGGAAUCAGCGCCCCCUGCAGGCUCGCCCGCCGCCUUGCUGCAGCCGGGGCCGCAGCUGUACGACGUGGUGGACGCGGUGCCCGCGCGGCGCUGGAAGGAGUUCGUGCGCACGCUGGGGCUGCGCGAGGCGGAGAUCGAGGCCGUGGAGGUGGAGAUCUGCCGGUUCCGUGACCAGCAGUACGAGAUGCUCAAGCGCUGGCGCCAGCAGCAGCCCGCGGUGCUGGGCGCCAUCUACACAGCCCUGGAGCGCAUGGGGCUGGGCGGCUGCGCCGAGGACCUGCGCGCCCGCCUGCAGCAGGACGCGCCCGCGGCGACGCCCCGGUGACCCGGCGCCGCAAGCCCUAAGUACGGUUACUUAUGCGUGUAGACAUGUUAUGUCACUUACUAAGCCCCGGGCCGGCCCUGCGUAGCAGCGCCGGCCGUCUCCCUGUCCACCUGCUGAGGGCCGGUGACUGCGCACCGGUUCCCGGCCCGAGGCCUCGGUAUUAAA